CACAUGCCCUGACUUCUCCCUUACAACGAUGCAUCCUCUGGCUAGUACAACACCCUUUCCGAAGUAGAUUUACGGGAGCGAUAGACUUACAGCUGCCAAUUGUUCGUCUCUACAUGGUUCAUUUCAUUUACACCUUAUCCCUGGAUCUUGGAUGCGGGAUCUUCUUAAUACCCUACGAGCGAGAUGUCCCACGCUAUCAAUCCGACCGGCCCUUGGGCAACCCCUCUGAAUUGGGAUGUCGAAACAAGCCUCGACGGAGAGCUCCGUAUUCGGUUUCCGGAUUAUGUGCGAUCCGGAGAGAAGUCGCAAGCCGAAUUCCCACAGUUCUCCAAGCUGCCAAUCGAGAUACAGUAUCGGAUGAUCUCCUUUUGUGACACUCCCAGUCUCUUCCAACUCAUGCACGUAUCUUCCGCUAUCCGCAAAGAGGCCAAGAGAUACUUCUGGAGCAAUCCCGUUGCAUGGUUCCGCGUUUGGGGUAUAUUUCUCGAUGCAGCAGAGCUACUGGGUCGUACUAUGGAUGACGUAGGCUUCCUUGCACACAUACAGCAGAUCGAGAUCACAGUGGAAGACGUACUAUGGUAUAAUGAAUUGGAGGACCUCACGCGAGGGGAUGGUUCUCUCAUCGACCCGGCAGCGACAUACCCAGUCAGGGAGAAACUAGGCAAUCUCUGGCGAACAUUGCGCGUUUGCGGCGCCCAGUUUGACCGUCCCGGGCAAUGGACAAUGCAUGCGCUGAACUCCGACCAUGACAAAGACGCAGUCCCGCCCGAACCUUUUCGACCCGCUUUUGCCCGACACAAGCGGACGAUGGAUCUCCUGGUGAGAUUCGAAACUUCUCGGUAUCAGAUAGUCGAAAGCUGGGGCGAGGAAGGGAGUGCGAAACGGCAUGAAGCCGAGAAAGCCUUUCUUGACCAACUCGAUCACGACCCAUUGUAUAGUCUCGGAAAACCAGCUCAAUAUACCAAGACCUGGGACGAGCUCAAGAAAGUGAUAAGGGAAAGAGGCGGCACACGAUUUGGGAUUCCAAUGGCGCCUACUUUCUGGGACUUCUGGGACUAA